GGUUUUUUUUUUUUUUAUCACUACCUAGUCGUUUGCAAGUUGACACGUUAUUUUCAAGCAUGUGACGUGCGAAAAUUGCGUUGAAAUCUUUUUGUCGAAAAAAGUGGCAGUAUUUCUUUAGGCAACGGGCUUAGAUAGCAGAUUUAUACAUUUCAGUGCAUCACUUUCUAUUUUUAUUAUCAACCAGAUAAUGAAAUGAGAGUAACCUCUGACCUUAUUGGCUUUCGUCCAAUUUCAAGAUUGUUUGCUCCGCCAUUUUUGCCCGUGUAAGUCUGCCGGAAUGCUGGAACAAGCCAUCGAAUCGUUGACUGCCAUUUGGAAAAAUGAACGUGGUCUGAUUGUUGCAAGUGCAGGCGUGGCUGCAAGUCUUUACUUUUUGGCCAGCAAAAUUUACGCCGUUCGCGAGAAAUCUCAGCUGAGGAAGAAAUGGAAUUCAGCGCCGAAGGAUGUGGUCAUCCUGCACCAACUUCCCAGAGGCAAAUUCACCCCAAGCAUUUCACCAUUCCCACUGAAAUUGGAAACGUAUCUACGCAUGGCCGGCAUCCGUUACGAGAAUGAUUUUACUGAGCCAAAAAGUCUGGAAAAUAAAACUCCUUGGAUAACACUGAAUGGAGAAGAUGUUGCAGACUCGCAAAUUUGUCUGGAACUUUUAGCCGACAAGUUCCAAAAGGACUUUAGUUGCCAUUUGUCUCCUGAAGAGAAAGCGACGGCCAGAGCUUUUCAAAUAAUGGCCGAAGACCAUUUCUAUUGGACGGGAGUUUUAUGGCGAUGGGUCUACACGAAAGGAAAGACCCUUCGCCAGAUCCACGCCACUUUUGCUCCACCUUUAAGUUUGAAAAUACCGCUAGUAUGCAGACGAAUGAAAAGUCAGGCAAUUGGACAAGGAUUGGGUCGUCACGCUGAAAAAGACGUGAUAGAAAUGGGAAUAAAAGACCUGCGAGCCAUGUCGCAUUAUUUAGGGAAUAAAUCAUAUUUCAUGGGUGAAGAACCUACCGAGUUGGACUGCGCAAUGUUUGGAAUGCUGGCGCAGUUGGUUUGGAACAUGCCGGGAUCUCCAUUCGAACGUCUUCUGAACAGUGAACUGCCGAAUCUGAAACGCUUUUGCGAGAGGAUGAAGGAUCGAUUCUGGUCAGAUUGGGAUCAAUGCCUCUUGCCUGUCCCUCUCUGAACAUUGACGUUCCGGAGGUCGUAUUCGAUGGACACCCGACGUUUGGAGAAGACGAGAGAAUGUUUCGAUCCGCUGCUUCUGAUUACCUCAACAGAUGGCGAACGUACCAAUCGUCCUAUGUGUCAAAUUUGUUUUUUGAAAACUCGAUUAUGUUAGCAUUCAUUCACCCAAAUAUAACACACCUCCAUAAUUUUCAGAACUGUGUUAUGUAACUGUUGUGGAUCUGGAGACUGUGAUUGGCGGAACCGGAAACUCUAAUCAAAAGCACAAAUCAGUCUCGACUCCAAUUUCGUCUAGUAGGCUUAUGCUCAGUUUCAGUCAUUUGUGAAAAUAUAACCCAAACUGAAAUAA